AUGGAGCUUCUUCAUUCUGCAACAUUUCCAAGUAAACAAAAGCUACUCAUUGUAGUGACCAUUUCCAUAUCUCUCUUCACCAUUAUCCCUCUUCUCUAUCCUUUUUUUGAAGACCCUAACUUCUUCCUCAAGCAACAACCUCCAAACCAAACCAACACCAUUCUCAAGCUCCAAAACGGCCUCGUAACAACACACGAGAGCUGCGACAUAUUCUCGGGACAGUGGGUACCUAACCCCGAAGCGCCUUACUACACCAACACGACAUGCUGGGCAAUACACGAGCACCAAAACUGCAUGAAGUUUGGAAGACCCGACAUGGAUUUCAUGCAAUGGAAAUGGAGACCCGACGGGUGUGAAGAUGCUGUGCCGGUCUUUGACCCGUUAAGGUUUCUAGAGAUGAUGAGAGGGAAAACUAUGGCGUUUGUUGGUGACUCUGUUAGCAGAAACCACAUGCAGUCUUUGAUCUGCCUUCUCUCUCAGGUUGAAUAUCCGGUAGAUGCUUCGGUUAAGGCUGACGAUUAUUUCAAACGAUGGACAUACGAGACAUACAAUUUUACUAUCGCCCCAUUUUGGACACCACACUUGGUAAAGUCUACAGAACCAGACCCGACCCAGCCUCGGCAUACCGAUCUUUUCAAUCUCUACCUUGAUGAGGCAGAUGAGAGUUGGACGGCUGAGAUAGGAGUCUUUGACUACGUGAUCAUCUCGUCCGGACAUUGGCAUUUCCGGCCAUCGGUCUACUAUGAAAACCGGAAAAUCACCGGUUGCCAUUAUUGCCAAUUACCGAACAUAACUGAUCUCACAAUGGUUUACGGGUAUAGAAAAGCGUUUAGGACCGCGUUUAAAGCGAUCUUGGACUCGGAUAGCUUCAACGGGGUAAUGUACUUGCGGACUUUUGCGCCGUCACAUUUUGAAGGCGGGUUAUGGAAUGAAGGAGGAGAUUGUUUGAGGAAACAACCUUAUCAGAGCAACGAGACUCAAGACGAAAUGACAAUGAAGCUACACAAGAUUCAGUUGGAAGAGUUUUGGAGAGCUGAAGAAGAAGCGAAAAAGAAAGGCAAGAGAUUAAGACUACUAGAUACGACCCAAGCAAUGUGGCUUAGACCGGACGGUCACCCAAGCCGCUACGGCCAUCCUCUUGAAGCCAAUGUCACACUGUACAACGACUGUGUCCAUUGGUGCUUGCCUGGUCCUAUCGAUAACCUCAAUGACUUCUUGCUCGCUAUGUUAAAGAGAGAAGAAGACGAAGGAUUGUUGGCUCAAGUUCGGAAAAUGUUGUCCUAA